UCGGCCCCGGGCUCCGAGCGGCUCGGGGGCGCCCUGUCGGUCAGCGUCGCUGCCCACCCCCUGCCCAGCCCCCCGCCCCCGGGGACCCAGGCUCGCCAGCGCGCAGCGGGGAGCCGGCCGGGACGCGCCAUGGGGGGCCCCUCCGUCCUGCCCCUGCUGCUGCUCCUCGCCAGCUGCGGGGCGCCCGGCGGGGCCAACCUCUCCCAGGACGGCUACUGGCAGGACCAGGAUCUGGAGCUGGGGACUCUGGCCCCCCUCGGCGAGGCCAUCAGCUCCACAGUCUGGAGCAGCCCUGACAUGCUGGCCAGUCAAGAUAGCCAGCCCUGGACAUCCGAUGAGACAGUGGUGGCUGGUGGCACCGUGGUGCUCAAGUGCCAAGUGAAAGAUCACGAGGACUCGUCCCUGCAGUGGUCUAACCCGGCCCAGCAGACUCUCUACUUUGGGGAGAAGAGAGCCCUUCGUGAUAAUCGGAUCCAGCUGGUUAGAUCCACUCCCCACGAGCUCAGCAUCAGCAUCAGCAACGUGGCUCUGGCAGACGAAGGCGAGUACACCUGCUCCAUCUUCACCAUGCCUGUGAGGACCGCCAAGUCCCUCGUCACCGUGCUCGGAAUCCCACAGAAGCCCAUAAUCUCUGGCUACAAGUCGUCAUUACGGGAAAAAGAAACAACCACCCUUAACUGUCAGUCUUCUGGAAGCAAACCUGCAGCCCAGCUCACCUGGAGGAAGGGAGACCAAGAACUCCACGGGGAACCAACCCGCGUGCAGGAAGAUCCCAACGGUAAAACCUUCACCGUGAGCAGCUCAGUGACGUUCCAGGUUUCCCGGGACGAUGACGGGGCCGACAUCGUAUGCUCUGUGAACCAUGAAUCUCUAAAGGGAGCUGACAGAUCCACCUCUCAGCGCAUCGAGGUUCUAUACACACCAACGGCGAAGAUUAGGCCGGACCCUCCCCACCCCCGCGAGGGCCAAAAGCUGCUGCUUCACUGUGAGGGUCGUGGAAAUCCCGUCCCCCAGCAGUACCUGUGGGAGAAGGAGGGCAGUGUGCCCCCACUAAAGAUGACCCAGGAGAGUGCCCUGAUCUUCCCCUUCCUCAACAAGAGUGACAGCGGGACCUACGGCUGCACGGCCACCAGCAACAUGGGAAGCUACAAGGCCUACUACACACUCAACGUGAAUGACCCCAGCCCGGUGCCAUCAUCCUCCAGCACCUACCACGCCAUCAUUGGUGGGAUCGUGGCUUUCAUCGUCUUCCUGCUUCUCAUCCUGCUGAUCUUCCUGGGCCACUACCUGAUCCGGCACAAAGGAACCUACCUGACACACGAAGCCAAAGGCUCGGAUGACGCCCCGGAUGCAGACACGGCCAUCAUCAACGCAGAAGGCGGGCAGUCGGGCGGCGACGACAAGAAGGAGUAUUUCAUCUAGAGGCGCCCAGCCACCUCCUCUGCCCCCAGGGGCCCCAUGGGGACUGCCAGGGCCACCGCCAACCUGGACUUGUACAGAGCGACCCCAGGGCCGCCCCUCCCGCUUGCUCCCCGGCCCCCCCACCCCCCUGUACAGAAUGUCUGCUUUGGGUGCGGUUUUGUACUCGGUUUGGAAUGGGGAGGGAGGAGGGCGGGGGGGAGGGAGGGUUGCCCUCAGCCCUUUCCGUGGCUUCUCUGCGUUUGGGUUAUUAUUAUUUUUAUAACAAUCCCAAAUCAAAUCCGUCUCCAGGCUGGAGGGGCAGGGGCCCUGGGGUGAGGAGAGCUAUACCCCCUGGAGUGUUAGGAGGAGGGCGAAGGCUGAGGGUAAGGACUGGGCGGGGUGUGCGCCGGAGGCCUCUCCGCCCUCCACCCUACCUGGCUUUCUCGGGGAAUGGGGAGGUGGUGAGCAGAAGCCGUGGGGGGGGGGGCGCACACCUGGAGCUGGGGACAGGGAAGUGGGUGCCCCCCAUCACCCCUCCUCCACCACCGCGGGAGAGGGGCGAGGGGGGUCCCGGGGAGGCGUGGCCUGCAGUGGCGGCCCCCAGGGACCCAGGGCCCCCACUCCGGCCCCUCCAGGAGGCGUGGGUCUGCAGAGGAAGAAAGGCAGAGAUGGCGGUGGACCCCCUGCCCCAUCCCCCAAAAGCGAAUGAAGCCGGGCCCUGGGGGUGGGGGGGUGGGGAACGCAGGGCAAGGCUGCCCCCUCUCGCUCUGGCAGCCGUGGGCUGUUCCAGAGGCGCUGCUCCGGGCCCCUCGCUCGACCCGAGCCCCGAGCCCUGACUGUCGCUCGGCAACCGCUGCUCCAUGGCAUCGCUCGGCAACCACUCCGCCCCGUCUUGUGCCGCCUGCGCCCCCUUCCCGUUCCCUCAGCAGCCAGGCAGGCGUAACAACAAAAAUACUAAAAGGAGCUUCUCUGCACUGAGCUGUUUCCUGCCCAAACGAAGGGAGCAAUGUGAACUCUG